AUGCCUGCCUUUCGGCAAGUGGGAGAGAAGCAGCUUCCAAACCUCGUUGUUUGUAUGGCAUGGUCUCCAAAAAGGGAUCUGAUUGCUCUGGCCAACACAAAUGGAGAGCGUGUUUGGAGCUUACCACCCUGUGAAAGUACUGGAAAGGAGAUCACUGCCCUCUUCUGGAGACCUGAUGGCAAAAUACUAGCCUUCAGUCUCGGUGACACCAAGCAGGUGGUCCUUUGUGGUGUUGAGAAAGCUGAGAUCCUCCACAUGUUUCAGAUGCAAAGCCCUGUAACGUGCAUGAACUGGAUGGAGGUAACGGAGGACAACAGUGUCCUCAGCUCAUUUUACAGUUCAGAAGAUGAAUCCAAACUUUUCCUUCCUAAAUUACCAACACUACCCAAAAGCUACAGCACAACUUUGAAGAUUUUUAGUGAGGAGAAGUCUGAUGAGAUACUAAACCUGUUUGGAGAAGUUAGGCUGAACAUACUUGUUCUUGGAGGAGAAAGCGGCUUUGUGGAACUUUAUGCUUAUGGCAUGUACAAGAUUGCAACUUUAAGCGGAGUUUCAGGGACAUGUCAGAGUCUGAGUCUGUCCAGUGACCUCAAGUCUCUGUCUGUCAUCACAAAAGUCAGGUCUGCUGACAACAGAGCAGAGAUCUGCUACAUCCAGCUGGACACAAGCUUGUUGUCAGACUGUCUGCCUGAACUCACCAGGAUGGCACGCAAGUUCACCCACAUCUCCACCCUGCUGCAGUACCUGCACCUCUCACUUACCUGCAUGUGUGAAGCAUGGGAGGACAUCCUGAUGCAGAUGGAUCUUCGUCUCACCAAGUUUGUUCAGGAAAAAAACACAAGCACCCAAGUCCAAGAUGAGUUUUUGGAGCUCCUGCUUUGGGGACAAUCAAGCCCUGAACUACAGGCUCUUCUCAUGAACCAGUUGACUGUCAAGGGCCUGAAAAAACUCGGUCAGUCCAUUGAGUCUUCUUACUCCAGCAUUCAGAAGCUUGUGAUCAGCCACCUGCAGAGCGGCUCAGAGGCUCUGCUGUAUCACCUUAGCGAGGUGAGAGGAAUGUCUUUAUGGAAGCAAAAGUUUGAGCGUCUCGGUUUGGAUUCAGAUGCAAUUGAUGGUGCCAUCACAGCUGUGGGCUCUUUCUCUCUCAAAGCCAAUGAACUUCUGCAGGUGAUUGACAAGAGUAUGAAAAACUUCAAAGCCUUUUUUCGGUGGCUGUAUGUGGCAAUGCUAAGAAUGUGUGAUGAACAUGUACCACCAGAGCUAAACAAGAUGACUCAGAAGGACAUUGCCUUUGUUGCCGAUUUCCUGUCUGAGCAUUUUAGUGAGAAUGAGGAACUUUUUAAUCGUAAGGGAAAGUACUUUAAUGUGGAGCGAGUUGGUCAGUACCUUAAAGACGAGGAUGAAGACCUUGUGUCGCCACCCAACACAACGGAGAACCAGUGGCUGAAGUUUUUACAACAGAGCACAUAUCUGAAGGAGAGUCCUUUGGUGUUUCCAUCAUAUCCCCAGAAGUCUUUGCACUUUGUCAAGAAGAUGAUGGAGACUGUGAUCGAACAGUGCCUACAGGAACCCUCUGAAGUAAUUGGAAAAUCAGUAAAACAGGCGGUCUUUUUGCCUUUGUACACCAUGCCAGAGAAGAUGGAAAACACUCCACGAUUUUUUGAACUUCCAUCUUUGUGGAAUGAUAAAAAAGCCAAAACACACUGUGUUGUGUUCUGCAUGCCAGAGGUCUCACCAUCCAGACUCUACAUAUUAAAGAAGGGAACCGAUUCGAACAGACACAUUCCAAACAGUUUGAUGUGUGUUGACCUCAGCCAUUAUCUUGACGAUACAGAUGGGGACGGUGCUGCAGCCCAGUCUCAGUGUGUCUUCAGCUGCCUGGAUGCUUGUUUUUAUGACAAUGAAAUGCUAACAGUGGUUCUGCAAGGACCGGAGAAACUAAACAGCAGAUGUGUCCUGGCUCAGCUUCCUCUUGCCUCAACCUUAAGCUGUGAAACUGAAGUUAGCCUGGACCCCAAUGUGAGAUUGGACCAGCAGUGCAGUGCCAUCCCCUGCCAGGGUAUGAUGUUGGGGAAUCAGUGGCGUGAACUGGAAAACAUGAAGGCUCAGUUUGUUGCUGUCAAUGGAAUCCGUAAAGUGGCCUGUGUGCUAAGUUCCAAUUUAAGACACAUUCGUGUUUUUGAGAUGGAUGUAGAAGAUGAGGACGACGAGGGCGUUGACUCACAGAACGUCAGCACUGACCAAGAUGGUCUGGAAACUACUGUAAUCAGCCAAGGGCCAGCAGAGGAAAGUUUGGAGUUUGAAGGGGAAGCUAAAGAGCAAGAAAGAGAUGUGUUUCAGAAAACUGUGGAGCACCUUAAGUCGGAGGAAGCCCUGUGAACGCUGAUUUAAACUAACGAGCACCACCUCCUCAACCCCCUAAAAAAUAAAUUAACGUUUGAAAUAA